AUGGUCACAGACGGAGAAAACAAAGAUGACCUGAAGGCCGAGACCGGAGGAAUGGCACGGUCGGCCGAAAAAGUCAAGGAAAAGGCGGAACAAGAAGAGAAGGGAAACGAUGAAAUCAGUCAAAAGGUCACCGAAGGUGGUGACGCUGUCAGCGGCAACGAGCCGAUUGACGAGGAAAAGGUCAAAUUGGAUGACCUUUCGGAUAACUCAUUGCUCUCUAAAGAACAGCUGGAAGAAAAUGGUACCAGCCCCGUAUCAAGUGAAAAAUUUUACACUGACGAUGAGGAUGAAACGACGAUGCAGAUAUCCUUCCACACUGCAAUGAAGGAAGCUGACUUAACGAAAGGGAUUGUGCGAACGAUCGUUCAUGAAAAGUUGGAGGAGACCUUUGAGGGAAUAGCGUCAGGAAAGGCUGACAACGAAAGGUCAUCAACACCUCCCGUAUCGAAUGAAGCGAAACAGCGAAUCAGAGAGCUAGAAAAGCUUCUCGAUGAAAAAGAUGAGCAAGCAUUUGCUGCCCUACGAGAACAACGAAACAAAACCAUCGAAGUCGAAGCAAGAGUAUUCCAAUUAGAACAGGAAAAGGUCACGCUGGAAGAAGAGGCAACACAAUGGAAGGUCAAAUAUGCUGCCCAGAGACAGGCUGCGGAAGAGCUGAAGAAAAUGGUAGACGAUAAAGACAUGGAAGGAAUCCUCGCAGUAGAGGACCUCAACAACAGUCUGUCCGAAGAAUCAGCUGAAGGGUCACGAGAGAUAGCGGAAUUAAAGAAUGAGCGUGACCUUUUGCAGUCAAAGGUCAAUGAGGCCGAGAAGAAGCGUGAUGAGUGCUUGGCCAAUGCGACAAAGUUCACAGGGAAGGUCUCCAGCUUAACAGCAGACAUCUCAAAACUAAGGGAUGACCUUAAGUCACGCGAGGAUAACAUCAAGACGUUGCAAACGGAAUUACAAGAGCGGAAAAGGAAGCAAAACGAAGUAGAGGGCCAGAGAGAUCAAGCAGCGAAGGGGCUCCUUGAACUGGCAGAAACGACGAAGAUCGAACUCAAACGACUAAGCGAUGAAAUCGACAGUCAAAAGAAAGAAGUUAAGAAGUGGUCAACCUCAGCACAACAGAGUGACGAACGGGUCACCGUGCUAGGGGUUCAGAAUAGAGAAGGGCAACUGAAAACUGAGAAUCAAAAGGAAGAAAUCGCUAAAUUAAGCAAUGAACUGGUAGAAAUGGCCACCUCGGUAAUGGAAAAGGAUGAUAAAAUCACCGACUGA